AUGGCACACGAAAAGCACAACAUCAACUGGAACAUUCUAGCUGCUAACCUCAUCCACCGCUCUCCCUCCUAUCCCGCGGCAGAUCUAGCCUCCAAUCUGUACUUUCGGUUCAGACCUACGCAAGGACAGGAGAUCGGCUCCUUUAUCGAAUCCUUUGUGAGGACUCUCGGAAAACAUACGGAGGCCGAGCGCCGGAAAUAUCCAGAUCGACAUUCGCCCUUUGCACCGGACGAACUGGUCCUGGACGACCGCGUGGCGGAGCAAAUCUGCACCCUUGCCCACCGAUGGUGCAAGGCCUACAAGUGGCCACUGAGUGAAAAGAUCCACAAGACAGAGGGACUGUGCCGACAUGUGGACAGCGAGAGUUUUGCCUGUGGGUGCCCCCUGCCCUACCACGAGCGGAAGGGAGCCGCUUUCCAGCGGCGGUACCGCAGGAACAAUUGCUACAAAUUUUAUGCCGAAAACACCGAGGUGUUCUAUAAUUUGCAGGUGCUGAGCGCCCUCCUUGUUCUGGGGGAGAUGGAUACGGUGCUACGACUGUGCGCGACACCAGAUAACAAUCUGGAGGAAUCGAUGUAUGUGAGGGAUUGUAUGUGUAUGAAAGCGGAUCUUGGCUGGGACCAAGUCUUUGAAGCCGCUCUAAACAUCUACCUCCUUCUCAACAUUCUUUACUGUUUCCCCGAGCUCUGGGACCCAGCGGCCCGUCACGCCCGAAACAACAAACGGACCGACGAGUACCGCGGCACGAGGAUGUAUCAGCGAACUGUUAAAAUCUGGACUCAAGACGGGUUGGAAAGCGAAGUCUCGCGCCACCCUCACCGUCAAUUUUUCGGCCUUGAAUUCAGCUACUCAUUACAGAUCUCGCGCGGUUGGGAUCGGCCCGUUCUUGCGCAGCUGCGCGAGAGAAUAGUAAAGGCCACGUGGCCGGAGAAGACGCCUGAACAGAUCUCGAAGCUUUCCGUAAGCGACGUAUGUUUCCCCUACGGCAAAAUGCCUUUCGAGGAGUUCUUGGCUUGCAGAGAGGGGGGAGCCGCCGGCGUCCAGCAUCAGACCCGAAGCGCCGUCGACGUGGCGCGAGUUGAAGCGUAUCUUCGGGCAAAACGGCUGCCACAGGAGCUGGUUCUGCAAAUCACAGCCUGCACAGAGUAUGAUCGUUCGCGCUCGCGUUCGCGGCUCCCGGUGCCACAUGAUCCGCUUCAUCCCCGGGACCGGAGGCAGCUACGGCAGCAUUUGGACCACUGCUGGCGAAUAAUGGUCCACUGCAAUAUGCUGGCGCAGGAACUGGGCACCAAAAUUGACUGGGUGUUACUUGUGGCCGAGGCGCUGGACCGCAUGGUGUCGAGUCCGGCGGGGAUGAAGCUAUUUGAACAUGAGGCGCACGAGUCGGGUGAAUUUUGGCAGACGACGCUGAGAGGAGGGAGUGGCGAACUUCCGUAUAGUAUCCCAGACUAG